AUGAUUUACUCUGGCGAGAUAGAGAAUGGCCAGAUGCAUGGUCGUGGGUGCCUUCAAUACCCGAAUAAUGAGACUUACGAUGGUGAAUGGGUUUUUGGUAAGCGCCACGGUCAUGGAGUAUACACAUACGUUGAUGGUAGCCGCUAUGAUGGAGAAUGGGUGGAGGACAGAGUGCAUGGAAGGGGAACAUGCUACUAUGCCAGCGGAAACAAAUACACCGGAGAUUGGGCUUUUGGUCGCAUCAAUGGCCGAGGUGUCCUGGAAUAUCACGAUGGGGAUCGCUACGAGGGGGACUGGAAGGAUGGACGCAUGCAUGGCAAAGGCGCCUACUGUUACUCGAAUGGUGACAGAUACGACGGCGAAUGGAAAGAUGACAAACGCCACGGUAAAGGUGUUGUUGUUUACGCAGCUGCCGAUGGUUCUGUUUCUGAGAAAUAUGACGGUGAAUGGAUGGAUGGCCGCAUGCAGGGAUGGGGAAAAUACUUUUACGCGGAUGGUGGCGUUUAUGAGGGUGAAUGGAAUGACGGAAGAAUGCAUGGAAGAGGAACAUACGUCUUUCCAAAUGGCAACAGAUAUGAAGGUGAAUGGGUGAAGACAGAAAAC